AUCGUGAGGGUGGAUUAUUGCAUUCAGAGCAGCUUUUAUCGAUUGAUUCACAGUUAAAGCUGAGUGCUAACAGCAUAACGUGCUACACUGAUGGCGAAUGUAAAGUGUGUGAUCGUCGGGGAUGCGGCUGCAGAUAAAAAAAGCCUUGUGAUCAGCUACACCACUAGAUAUUUUCAGGGUGAAUACAUCCCCACUGUGUUUGAUAAUUAUUCUUCCACUGUGACCGUCGAUGGGAAUCCAGUGAACCUGUCAAUUUGGGAUACAACAGGACAGGAGGAUUAUGACAGACUUCGACCACUUUCUUACCCUGAGACGGAUGUGUACUUGAUGUGUUUCUCUCUUGUGGACCCAGACUCAUUAGAGAAUGUCUGUGUAAGGUGGUAUCCAGAGGUCAGGCAUCAUUGCCCAGACACUCCGAUCAUUUUAGUCGGGACUAAACUUGAUCUGAGAGACGACAAGGACACCAUUGAAGAGCUGAAGAAGAACAAGCAAACCCCCGUCAUCUAUCGUCAAGGCCAGGCUGUGGCUAAAGAAAUAGCAGCUGUGAAGUAUCUGGAGUGUUCAGCAUCAACACAGAUUGGCCUUAAGACGGUGUUUGAUGAAGCCGUCCGGGCAGCCCUGAACCACAUGAACUGACUGUAAUCUGAGCUCACCUGAAAGGAGAAAACAGUCUUAGCAAGUUGUUGUCUAUCUUGGACAAUGCCCAUCAUCCACUGCAUGGUACCAUUUCUAGGCAGAAUACUGUCUGUGUUUUCUUCUACAGAGAGACUGAGAAUGUUGCUUGUCACUCAGGUGAUGCGGCUCUUUAACUCUUUUCUAUGAGCAGGACUGAAAUUGG